UCCUUCCGUUCUUCCAUUGCUCAGACGAAAAAAAAAAAUCCCUUUUUCUAUUCAAAGUUUCAAUCCCAAAUCCCCUCUUCCAUACCCACUUCUGUCGGUAUGUAAAUUAGAAAAGUUAAUGAAAUCGGGAGAUUCAAACUCAAAUCCACCCUUCGUCAGGCAUCACUUCCCCUUUCUGUUUCUCGUCACCGAAAUGUCGUCCACAUUGGAGAAAGGCUCUGCAGAUCUUCAGUCCGCAGAGCAUAAGAAACAGAGCCUCUGCAAAGCCUUCAACCACCUCAAAACUCACGCUGCUGCCGUUGCCAAUUUCGCCCUUCAAUGGCAGGACCUGGGUGACCACUUCCUCUCCAUUCACAAUUCAAUCCAAGCCAAACUCCAAGCCGAAAAGACCCAACUUGCUACAACCCCCAAUCCCUAGCCAAAUUCCAGUAAACCCUGUUCACUCCCACUCUCCUUUCCCAAGCCAAAUCCCAGGAAACCCAAUUGAUUCCGACCCUCCAAUCUCAAGAGACCCAAUUCAAUUCUGCAGAAACCUAAUAGAGUAUGCAGCACUCCAAGAUCCAAUUCAAUUCGGGAGAUUCAAACUACCAAAGUAUGCAGCACUCCAAGAUCUCCUAGAUGACGUAGUUCGCAAAAGAUUCAGACCCAGAAGCUAAAAUUCGUAGAAGGAGAAUGAACAAGCCUGAGAGGCUGAGAGAAUCGAAGGGAUUUUUUUUGUCUGAGCAAUGGAAGAAGUGAAGAACCGAGAAAGAAGGAACUUUUUUUUCGCUUUUGACGUGGCAGUUUUUACACCUUCUAUUCUUUUGAAAAAAAUCCCAACCAUUUACCGGCUCCUCUCCAGUUCUAAUGAACUGGAGAGGAUCCGGAUCCGGAUCCGUCCAAAACGGCACCUUGAGGUAGCACUGUAGCAGUUUGGUAUAACCACUAACGAACUGCCACGUCAAGACGGACGACCCCACGUGAGUUUGGUCCAGUUCUUUCUCUUCUUUUCCACAACUCUCUGACCGAACCGCUGAGAAAAGUCCAAGUCUCUACAAUUCUUCCGGUUGCUCUGCCUGGCCAACACAUCCGACCGUUCACCCAGAUCAGAAUGAAUCUGGUCCGUUGAAAAACACCAGACGGAACAUAACCAAGUUUGCGCCACCGUCGCAGCGGGUUUUUCCUCACUUUUCCCUUCCCUUUAUUCUCUCAGGUCAGAUGGACAGUGGUGAGCCUGAUAUAACAAGUCAUCCACAGGAAGAAGAUAUAGAAAGUGAGCGCCAAACAUCACCUGCAUUGGUGAUUGAUCCAGGGAAGAAUUCUCAGAGCCCAAAAGCUUCUUUUGUUGAGCAGAAUCGGGUGGUUAUUGGUGGUGACUGUGACUGUCAAAGUCCAAAUGUUUCUUCUGUUGACAAGAGUCAGGUGCUUAUUGAUAGUGAGCAUGAUUCUCAGACCCAGAGUGUUUCUUCUGUUGAUAACAGUCAGGAGGAAAUUGAUGGUGAGGACUGUCAGACCCCAAAAGUAUCCUCUGUUAACAAGUUUGAGAUGGGCGUCAUUGGUGAGCUGGAGUCUCAGAGCCCAAAUCCUCUCUCUGUCGAUGCAUCAGGGGUCAGUGUUGUUGUAAAAAGUGAGGAUGGCAUGUAUGUGAUACCAAAAGUUGGCAUGGAGUUCGAAUCAGAAGAUGAUGCAUAUAAGUGUUACAGUAGAUAUGCUGUUCUGGAAGGGUUCAGCAUUCGAAAAGAUUUUGUAAAUAAAAGUAGGAUAAAUGGUGCUGUGGUGUCCAGAAGGUAUACUUGUUAUAGACAAGGUUAUCGGCCUAACAAACAUUAUGUUAAUGUGAGGAAAUCCCGGCAGGAAACUAGAACUGGUUGCUUGGCACAUAUGACUAUCGCACGUCAAUCCAACGGCAAGUUUCGUGUCACUCAUUUUGAAACAAAGCACAAUCAUGAAUUGGUAACGCCAUCUACAGCUCAUAUGUUACCGUCACAAAAGAGAUUAAAUUUUUUUCAAGCGGUUGCAGAUGACUUAGACAAUCAUCCUGGGAUGGAUGGUGUACCAAAACUUGGAAUGAGGUUUGACUCAGAAGAUCAUGCGUAUGAGUUUUACAAUACAUAUGCUGGACGGGUAGGGUUCAGCGUCCGGAAAGAUUAUGUAAAUAGGAGUAAGAUAGAUGGUGCUGUGGCAUCCAGACGGUUUACUUGUUUUAGAGAAGGUUUUCGACAGAAAGACAAGCGGGAUUUGAAUGUGAAGAGACCUCGAAGGGAAACAAGAAUUGGCUGUUUGGCGCAACUGGUCAUUUCUCGUCAGUCUGAUGGCAAAUAUCGUGUCACUCACUUUGAAGAAAAGCACAAUCAUGAGCUUGUUGCUGCAUGUAGAGUUCGCAUGUUGCGGUCACAAAAGAGACUGGCUGUAGCUCAAGGUGUUGAUGGAAAUUUGGUUGAUGGUACUGAGAUACAGCCAAGAUUAGCCUCUGAAUUACUAUCUACAACAAUUGGAGAUUGCAGGAAUCUGGCCUAUGAUCCCAUAGAUUAUAAAAGUAAACUACCUUCCCGAUGCAUGAGGGAGAUGAGAGUGGGAGAAGCAGACAGGAUACGGCUAUAUUUUGAAAGCAAACAUUUAAAGAGCCCUUCUUUCUUUUAUGCCAUCCAACUUGAUGCGGAUGAUCAAAUAGCUAACGUAUUCUGGGUGGAUGCAAAGAUGGUGGUGGACUACAGUGAUUUUGGCGAUGUGGUUUGCUUUGAUACAACUUGCAGAUUAUACGAAGAUUGCAGACUUUUUGCACCCUUCAUCGGGGUAAAUCAUCAUAAGCAAAUGGUGAUCUUUGGUGCUGCACUUUUAUAUGAUGAAACAGUUGAAUCUUUCAAGUGGCUGUUUCGAACUUUUGUAGAAGCCAUGUCUGGAAAGAAGCCUAAGACUAUCCUCACAUAUGGCGAUGCAACAAUGACAGAAGCAAUUGAUUCAGUAUUUCCUGAAACACAUCAUCGGAUGUGUGUAUGGCAUGUGUACCAAAAUGCACUUAGACAACUUAGCCACAUGUUUGUUGGCUCAGGUUCUUUCAGUAAUGAUUUAAGCAGUUGCUUUUUUGAUCAUGAGGAGGAGGAGGAUUUCAUUAAUGCAUGGAAGGCUAUGCUGGACGUAUAUGGUCUUUGGGAGAAUGAGUGGUUGCAUGAGAUAUUUGAAUGUAGAGAGAAGUGGGCCGUAGCAUAUGGAAGGCAUAACUUUUGCGCUGACAUUAGAAGUGCACAGCUGCGUGAAAAUUUUAGUGCUAACUUAAAGAAGUAUCUAAAGUCUGACUCAGAUGUGCUUCCAUUUUUCAAGCAUCUUGGAAAGGUGGUGAAUGAUUGGCACUACAAAGAAUUAGAAGCUAAUUAUGAGAUGGGCCAACACAUGCCAAGAUUAAUGGGGGAUGUAAUUCUGUUGAAGCAGGCAAGGGAUAUUUACACACCAAAAAUGUUUGAAUGGUUUCAGCUAGAAUAUGAAACAUGUCUAAAUAUAGUCGUAAACCAAUGCACUGAGAAUGGGUCAUUGUUUGAGUACAAAGUUAGCAUAUAUGGGCAACUACAAGAGUACACAGUUACUUUUAAUUCCGUUGAUGAGAACGUUGCCUGCAAUUGUAUGAAAUUCGAGUUUGUGGGACUUUUGUGUAGCCAUGCAUUAAAAGUGCUCGAUUAUAGGAACAUAAAGCUGCUCCCGACCAAAUACAUCUUGAAGAGGUGGACAAAAGAUGCAAGAGUCUGAAUUGUAGAGGCAACUUUGGGGGCACCACAUCAGAAGAUUACAGCUUGGCUGAAACAAUGCAGAUAAAAAGAUCUCUGACGUGUAACAGUUGAUUUGUUGGCUAUCUAAAUUUGACUAAGCCGGUGAAUUUGCUCCCAUAAAAUACAAUGCAAAGAGGAAGCAGUGUAUUGUCUGAAUUUAUGUCAAUACUAUACAAAAUCAUCCUGUAUACCUUGUUUUAUUUUUAUAUGAAGCUUGAAAGAUUUUGAA